AUGCUCUGGUUUGCAUUGUUUGGAUUCAUCCUAUGGAUUUUUUUUCAACUGCGAAAGAUUAAUAACAGCCGAAUUGAGAUGCCCGAGAAAGGAAAGGAAUCACCAGUGGGUGACAGCCCCCCUGCACUUCAAGAGGAUGUGCCUGCUGCCCACUCCUCUCAUCCAGGCCAACAGUGUAUCUCAACGCAGCCUGAGGAGCACAGACUCCAAGCUGAGGGACUUGAUGUGAAAGAGCAACAACAGCCCCUCACUGCACAAGAACCUUCAACAACCAAUGUGCCAAUGCUCCGAUCCGGGCUCAGGGCGAGGGAGCGUCUCAAGUUUAUUCUGGGAGCCUCGGAGGACAAUUCUUCAGACGAGGAGCCUUUAGCUGCCAAACCGCCAAGUGGUCCUCCACAGCCGUCAACCUCUGCUGCCAAGUCUUCUCGUCAUCAGACGUCCACUGAAGUGCCACAGCUCAACUCGGGCAUGAAGCCCAGCAUGUCUGGUCUUCACUUGGUUAAAAAAGGACGCGAACACAGAAAGAUGGAUCUUCCGAGAGACUUCACUGUGGCUUCACCUGCAGAGUUUGUCACCCGCUUUGGUGGAAACCGUGUCAUCGAUAAAGUGCUUAUCGCUAACAACGGCAUAGCUGCAGUCAAAUGCAUGCGGUCUAUUCGACGCUGGUCUUACGAGAUGUUCCGAAAUGAGAGGACCAUCCGCUUUGUGGUGAUGGUAACUCCUGAAGAUUUAAAAGCUAAUGCAGAAUAUAUCAAAAUGGCAGACCACUACGUGCCGGUGCCUGGUGGGCCAAACAAUAACAAUUAUGCCAAUGUAGAGUUGAUAGUGGACAUUGCCAAAAGAAUCCCAGUGCAGGCAGUGUGGGCCGGCUGGGGCCACGCCUCAGAAAAUCCCAAACUACCCGAGUUGUUGAAUAAAGCAGGAAUUUCAUUUUUGGGGCCAUCCAGUAAAGCUAUGUGGGCUCUUGGAGAUAAGGUGGCUUCCUCAAUUGUGGCCCAGAGUGCAGAUAUUCCCACAUUACCGUGGAGUGGCUCAGGUCUGAGAGUGGACUGGACAGAGAAUGACCAAGUACCCGGCAAUGUAAUCAGUGUUCCUCCUGAGAUCUACACACAGGGCUGUGUUUUGGAUGUGGAUGAUGGUCUGGCGAGAGCUGAGAGAAUUGGUUAUCCUGUUGUCAUCAAAGCAUCAGAGGGUGGUGGAGGAAAAGGUAUUCGGAAAGUAGAAAGUGCGGAUAGUUUUCCAACCUCAUUUAGGCAGGUUCAGACAGAAGUUCCUGGCUCGCCCAUUUUCAUCAUGCAGCUAGCCCAGCAUGCAAGACACCUGGAGGUUCAGAUACUGGCUGAUGAAUAUGGUAACGCUAUCUCUCUAUUUGGUCGAGAUUGCUCCAUUCAAAGAAGGCACCAGAAGAUUAUCGAGGAAGCCCCCGCAACUGUAGCUGCAUCCUUGACAUUUGAGCAUAUGGAGCAGUAUGCUGUUAGACUAGCCAAAAUGGUGGGCUAUGUCAGUGCUGGAACUGUGGAAUAUCUUUUCUCUGAAGACGGAAGUUUUCAUUUUUUGGAGCUGAAUCCUCGUCUACAGGUAGAACAUCCCUGUACAGAGAUGAUUGCAGAUGUAAACCUUCCAGCAGCCCAACUUCAGAUUGCCAUGGGCAUCCCACUUUACAGAAUCAAAGAUAUUCGUUUGCUCUAUGGAGAAACUGCAUGGGGUGACAGCAUUAUUAACUUCGACACUCCAGAAUGCCCACCUAGUCCAAGAGGACACGUCAUAGCUGCUCGGAUCACCAGUGAGAACCCCGAUGAGGGGUUCAAACCCAGCUCAGGCACUGUUCAGGAGCUGAACUUCCGUAGCAGUAAAAAUGUCUGGGGUUACUUUAGUGUCGGCGCAACUGGGGGUCUGCAUGAAUUUGCUGACUCACAGUUUGGACACUGUUUCUCCUGGGGUGAAAACCGAGAAGAAGCCAUAUCGAACAUGGUGGUGGCUAUGAAGGAACUGUCAAUCAGAGGUGACUUCAGGACCACUGUUGAAUACCUCAUUAAGCUACUUGAAACUGAGAGCUUCCGAAACAAUGACAUAGACACUAGCUGGCUGGAUCACCUCAUUGCAGAGAAAGUGCAGGCAGAGCGACCAGACACAAUGUUGGGAAUUGUGUGCGGGGCUUUGCAUGUUGCAGAUGCAAACUUCAGAAAGAGCAUGUCAGACUUUCUACACUCAUUAGAAAGAGGUCAAGUCCUGCCUGCUGCUAGCCUGCUCAACUCUGUAAGUGUAGAUCUUAUAUAUGAAGGAGUCAAGUUCUGCUUGAAGGUGGCUCGCCAGUCCCCAACAACGUAUGUCAUCAUAAUGAAUGACUCAAAUAUUGAAAUAGAUGUCCACGGCCUCAGUGAUGGUGGCCUUCUUCUCUCUUAUGAUGGCAGCAGCCAUACCACCUAUAUGAAAGAGGAGCUUGACAGCUACCGCAUCACUGUUGGGAACAAGACUUGCGUAUUUGACAAAGAAAAGGAUCCCACUGUUCUGAGAUCGCCUUCAGCUGGUAAACUGCUUCAGUAUGUGGUUGAAGAUGGUGUUCAUAUUUGCACAGGAGAGACCUACGCAGAGAUCGAGGUGAUGAAGAUGGUGAUGACUCUGACUGUGGAGCAGGCAGGACAUAUACAUUUUAUUAAGAGACCUGGUGCAGUGCUGGAGUCCGGCUGUGUGAUGGCCCAUAUGAACUUGGAUGACCCCAGCAGCAUACAUCGGGUUGAGCUCAAUACUGCCACGCUACCGCCUCAGCACCCAUUGCCCAUAGUUGGAGAAAAGCUCCACCAGGUGUUCCACAGCAUCCUCGAAAACUUAGUCAAAGUAAUGGAUGGCUACUGCCUCGAAGAGCCCUACUUUAGCACCAAGUUGAAACAGUGGGUAGCAACCCUCAUGAAGACUCUGAGGGAUCCCUCUCUUCCACUGCUGGAGCUGCAAGAGAUCAUGACUAGUGUGGCGGGCCGGAUCCCAACGGGUGUUGAGAAAGAUAUCCGUAAAGUCAUGGCCCAAUAUGCCAGCAACAUCACCUCUGUUUUGUGCCAGUUUCCAAGCCAAAGGAUUGCAAAUAUUCUCGACAGCCAUGCUGCUACUCUACAGAGAAAGGCGGAUCGAGAAGUGUUCUUUAUCAACACUCAGAGUAUUGUUCAAUUGGUACAGAGGUACCGCAGUGGCAUACGUGGUUACAUGAAGUCUGUUGUUCUGGACCUGCUCAAGCGAUACCUUCAAGUAGAGAUCGAGUUUCAGCAAGCUCACUACGACAAGUGUGUUAUCAACUUGAGGGAACAGUACAAGCCUGACAUGAGUCCUGUACUGGAAUGCAUUUUUUCUCAUGCCCAGGUCUCCAAAAAGAACAUCCUGGUCACAAUGCUCAUCGAUCAACUGUGUGGAAGGGAUCCGACUUUGGCAGAUGAGUUGAUGGUGAUUCUUAAUGAACUAACUCAGCUCAGUAAGAUGGAGAAUUCAAAGGUAGCCUUAAGAGCCAGACAGGUACUGAUCGCCUCUCAUUUGCCGUCUUAUGAACUGAGACACAACCAAGUAGAAUCCAUCUUCCUCUCUGCUAUUGACAUGUAUGGCCAUCAGUUCUGCCCUGAGAACCUGAAGAAACUCAUCCUCUCUGAAACGUCAAUAUUUGAUGUGUUGCCAAAUUUCUUCUACCACUCCAAUCAAGUUGUGUGUAUGGCAGCACUGGAGGUGUAUGUGCGCAGAGCUUACAUCGCCUAUGAGCUCAACAGUAUCCAACAUCACAAGCUGAAGGAUGGAACGUGCGCUGUAGAUUUUCAAUUCAUGCUGCCAUCAUCACAUCCCAACAGAGGGAGCAGCCCUACUCUGAACAGGCUUCCUGUCCCACUGAAUUCUUCAGGCCAAUUAAAGAUGCGGCGGCAGAGCAGUGAUCUUUUCUUGGAAGGAGCUCUAUCUCCACCAUGUCAACGAAUGGGCGCUAUGGUGGCGUUCCAGUGUUUUGAUGAUUUCAAAAGGAACUUUGACGAAGUUCUCUGCAGCUUUGCAGAGCCUCUGCUGGAGAGCCAGCCGUUUUUAGAGUCCUGCUCCAGUUUUUACGAAGAUGAGAACUUCAAGAACACAAGGGAGAAUCCAAUCCACAUCAUUAACGUGUCAAUAAAAACGGCAGACACUGAGGAUGAUGACGACUUGGUGACCGCCUUCACAUCCUUCGCCCAGUCUAAGAGAUCAUCCCUUUUUGAAUAUGGCAUCAGAAGAAUCACAUUUUUGGUUGCACAGAAGAGGGAGUUUCCCAAGUUCUUCACUUUCAGAGCAAGAGAUGGGUUCCAGGAAGAUCGGAUCUACCGUAACCUGGAGCCAGCUUUAGCCUUUCAGCUCGAAUUGAAUCGCAUGAGGAACUUUGACCUGACUGCCGUUCCCUGUGCAAACCACAAAAUGCACCUUUACCUGGGAGCUGCUCGUGUACAGGAGGGUGCUGAAGUUACAGAUUACAGAUUCUUCAUUCGAGCUAUUAUUCGCCACUCUGAUCUGAUUACAAAGGAAGCAUCUUUUGAGUAUCUUCAGAAUGAGGGAGAACGUCUUCUGCUGGAGGCCAUGGAUGAAUUGGAGGUGGCCUUCAGUAACACAAAUGUGCGCACAGACUGCAACCACAUCUUCCUUAAUUUUGUCCCUACGGUCAUUAUGGACCCAUCUAAAAUUGAGGAAUCUGUCCGAUCCAUGGUGAUGCGCUAUGGAAGCCGUCUUUGGAAGCUGCGAGUCCUGCAAGCCGAGCUGAAAAUCAACAUUCGUCUGACUCCCACUGGACACGCCAUUCCGAUUCGUCUUUUUUUGACGAAUGAGUCUGGCUAUUACUUGGACAUCAGUCUGUAUAAGGAGGUGACCGAUCCAAGUUCUGGACAAAUUAUGUUCCAGUCAUAUGGUGACAAACAGGGACCCCUGCAAGGCAUGUUGAUCAACACUCCCUAUGUCACCAAGGACUUGCUGCAAGCGAAGCGUUUUCAGGCUCAAACUCAAGGCACAACAUACGUCUAUGACUUCCCAGAGAUGUUCAAGCAGGCUCUGUUUAAGCAAUGGGGUUCUGGGGAUAAAUACCCGAAAGAUAUGCUGAUGUGCACCGAGCUGGUUUUGGACCCACAAGGUCGACUGGUGCAGCUGAACCGCUUGCCUGGGGACAAUGAUGUCGGAAUAGUUGCGUUCAAGAUGAAGAUGAAAACUCCAGAAUAUCCAGACGGUCGAGACAUUGUUGUGAUCUGCAAUGACAUCACCCACAUGAUUGGGUCUUUUGGACCGCAGGAAGAUGAGUUGUUCCUCAGGGCUUCCGAGUUGGCGAGAGCUGAGGGAAUCCCUCGCAUUUACAUUGCUGCCAAUAGCGGCGCGCGCAUUGGUCUUGCUGAGGAGAUCCGACACAUGUUCCAGGUCGCAUGGAUUGACCCCUCUGAUCCAUACAAGGGUUUUAAGUAUCUUUACCUGACACCACAUGACUACACGCGUAUCAGUGCCACCAAUUCGGUGCACUGCCACCACGUGGAAGAAGGAGGGGAAUCCAGGUACAUAAUUACUGACAUCAUCGGAAAGGAUGAAGGUCUCGGGGUUGAGAACUUGCGAGGUUCAGGCACUAUUGCUGGAGAAUCUUCUCAGGCGUAUGAAGAAAUCAUUACCAUUAGUAUGGUGACCUGUCGUGCUAUCGGAAUUGGGGCAUAUUUAGUACGAUUGGGCCAGAGAGUGAUCCAAGUGGAGAACUCGCACAUCAUCCUGACAGGGGCAAGUGCGUUGAACAAGGUUCUGGGCAGAGAGGUCUAUACCUCCAACAACCAGCUGGGUGGCAUCCAGAUCAUGCACAACAAUGGAGUCACACACACUACUGUGCCAGAUGAUUUUGAAGGGGUCUUCACCAUUCUCCAGUGGCUUUCCUACAUGCCAAAGAGCAAACACUCCCCUGUGCCCGUUGUACCAACAUCAGAUCCAGUUGAUAGAGAGAUCGAGUUCACUCCUACCAAAGCACCAUAUGACCCCCGUUGGAUGCUGGUUGGGAGACCCCACCCCACAGUGAGAGGUUCCUGGCAGAGUGGAUUCUUCGACCACGGCUCCUUCAUGGAGAUCAUGGGCUCCUGGGCUCAGACAGUUGUAGUAGGCAGAGCUCGAUUAGGAGGGAUCCCUCUUGGUGUAAUUGCUGUAGAAACACGGACUGUUGAGUUAACCAUCCCAGCUGAUCCUGCCAACUUAGAUUCAGAAUCAAAAGUUCUGCAACAGGCUGGACAAGUGUGGUUUCCAGAUUCAGCCUUUAAAACAGCCCAGGCGAUUUGCGACUUCAACCGUGAGCGACUGCCGCUCAUGGUGUUUGCCAACUGGAGGGGCUUUUCUGGUGGAAUGAAAGAUAUGUAUGACCAGGUAUUAAAGUUUGGAGCUUACAUUGUGGAUGCACUUCAUGGCUUCCACCAGCCUGUGCUGGUGUACAUUCCACCACAUGCUGAACUGAGAGGGGGGUCCUGGGUUGUUAUUGACCCUACUAUUAACCCUCUGUGUAUGGAGCUCUAUGCUGACAGAGAGAGCAGAGGUGGUGUUCUAGAAGCUGAGGGAACAGUGGAGAUCAAAUUCAGGAAAAAGGACCUGCUAAAAACCAUGAGAAGACUAGACUCCGUCUAUGCUGGUCUGGUUGAGAAGCUUGCUUCUUUAGAUCUUCCUGAGAAACAAUGUAGAGAGCUGGAGGCAAAGCUCAAAGCAAGGGAAGAAUUCCUUUUGCCCAUCUACCACCAGGUGGCAGUGCAGUUUGUGGAUCUUCACGAUACCCCUGGCAGAAUGCAGGAGAAAGGUGUUAUCACUGAUAUUUUAGACUGGAAAAACGCACGGCCCUUUUUCUACUGGCGUCUCCGUCGACUCCUUUUGGAGCAGGUGGUGAAGUACGAAAUUCUCAAGGCCAACAAAGACCUCAGUGACGGACACAUGCAGUCCAUGCUGCGUCGUUGGUUUGUUGAAACUGAGGGAACAGUCAAGGCAUAUCUGUGGGAUAACAACCAAGCAGUAGUUGAGUGGCUUGAAAGACACUGGUCCAAAGAAGAUGGCAUUCGAUCCGCCAUCCGAGAGAAUAUCAAGUACCUAAAAAGGGAAAAUGCCUUGAAACAUAUCCGCAGUCUGGUUGAGACCAACCCGGAUGUCGCCAUGGACUGCAUCAUCCACAUGAGCCAGAACAUUACUGCAUCACAAAGGGCCAAGCUCUCUCAUCUUCUUGCUACAAUGGACAACAGCAACACCAGCUAA